AUGCCCACGCAUGGCCCGCCGUCUCCGAUCCUCCAGAAAAGCGUCAAGCGUCAGCGGCAGGACUCGUACGACGGCACGUCAUCGCGCAACGGCUUCUCGAGCCCUGAGCAGCAAGCCGGCGAUGCGAAUCUGGGAGGGGCUGCGAGGAGCACCACCAGCGGUCGCAGCGAGGCCAGUACCUCGGCUGCUCCUGGCCAGAGCAGCAACUUUCGCAACGUGAGCGCGUGCAAUCGCUGUCGACUGCGCAAAAACAGGUGCGAUCAGAAGCUGCCCAGCUGUGCAAGCUGCAGCAAGGUCGGCGUCUCUUGCGUUGGCUAUGACCCUAUAACCAAAAAGGAGAUUCCGAGAAGCUAUGUCUUCUAUCUUGAAACCCGCGUGGAGGUGCUGGAGAAGCUCCUGGAAUCCAGCAAUAUCCCGUUCCCGCCGGCAGAAGAUCUCGACGUAUGCUCCCGCCCUGGAGCAGACGGCAGCUUCCCGGCCGUACGAGAUACUACCAACUACUCCAGCCACUCGGAAUACGCAGAUCACCGCACCCCGCGGCCUCACAGCCACCAUGGCCAGAGACUGGAUGGUGCGAUGCUUCCAGCCAAGAAGCAGGGCGACCAGAGCCCUGCCAUGAUGAAUAUUGUUAGCUCAUCGAAGCCGCGAUCGCUUGCCUCUACAUCAGGUGUCUCGUUUGCCCGUGUUGUGCUUGCAGCCGUCCAGUAUUCGGUUCCAGACCAGAAUGGCGGCUCAGAGAAGCCUGUUUCUUCUCAUCACCCGAAUCCGGCUGGGGCCGGUACUUCUAUGCGCGACUCUUUCUUCGGGCUACAUACCCGGCCCACCAUCCAACCGGCCACCUUUCCGACCCGGGACGUGGCUAUGCGUCUAGUGACACUUUACUUUGAGCACGCAAAUCCGCAGAUUCCCAUUCUGCACCGCGGGGAGUUUAUGCGCACCUUUGAGCGGGCGUAUGCAACCGAUGGCCCGGAUCUUAGCGCGAGGGAACUGUACAUGCUCAACAUGGUCUUUGCCAUUGGCUGUGGUGUCAUUGUUGGCGAGCCAAUCAAAGCAGAGGCUUCCAGUGGUGGUGGACUGUCGUUUCAACGCAACAGGAAUCAGUGCCAGCCGGAGGAGUACCAUGCAAGCGCAAUCGUCCACCUGGAAGAGUGUCUCAGCAGCAGCGGAGGUGGGCUUGAGGUGCUGCAGGCCGUUCUUUUGCUUGCCAACUUUGCACUUCUCCGACCAGUUCCGCCUGGCCUAUGGUACAUCACUGGCGUGGCAGUGCGUCUUGCGGUUGAUCUUGGCCUCCACCACGAAGACGGAGGGGAUGUAGGCAACGGCGGUGGGCAGCAUUCCUCUGGCCAUAAUCGCCCUGAUGGUUCUGUAAACGAACCGCGGGACCCCAGCGGUGGUGGCCCUGACCGACCGAGGCGUCUUUGGAUCCGUGACAUGAGACGGCGAUUGUGGUGGUGUACUUAUUCGUUUGACCGGCUUGUAAGCACCUGCGUUGGUAGACCGUUUGGUAUCAGCGACCAUGUCAUCACGACCGAGUUUCCUUCCAUUCUUGACGAUGACUUUAUCACACCCAAUAGCUUUGGUAGUCCACGCCCAUCCAGCGAAGAGCCGAGCUACAAGCGCGUGGCUCACCAUUAUUUCAGGCUGCGCAUCCUGCAGUCGGAGAUCCUUCAAGUCCUGCAAUAUAAUCAGGCGCAAAUCGCCAGAACUGGAGCCCAAGCGAGGACACUCUACCCUGAGAUGAACAGACAGCUGCCAUCCCCGUAUCUUGUCCAGUUUGACUCGUAUAGAUCAUGGCGAAUUGACAUUGACCGGAGGCUUCGUGAAUGGAAGGACCAAGCGCCUUCAAAGCAUGAAACCGGGGUAGCAUUCUCGACCGAGUUCCUGGACCUCAACUACUGGCAAGCCAUUGUGCUGUUGUAUAAACAGAGCCUGAGUAUCCCCGCCAUGUUUGAGGGAGAGUAUAAUCCCUCCAACGAGGUCAACAGCCCUACGGCCUUUACUGCCGAACUGCGAGAAGAUGAAGAGCGCAUAUACCUCAAAGUUGCUGAAGCAGGGCAAAAGAUUCUGCGGAUAUAUAGACAGCUGCAUCUGAGCAGCCUCGUAAGCUACACGUAUCUGUCUACCCACCAUUUGUUCAUGGCAGGCAUAUCAUAUCUUUACGCUAUAUGGCACUCUCCUACUGUGAGAAGCCGCCUGACUAUGGAUGAAGUAGACUUUACAGUGCUGGCAGCAAAGUCGGUAUUCACCGACAUGAUUGACAAAUGCCCACCGGCAGAAACUUGUCGCGACGCUUUUGAUCGAACCGCCAAGGCCACCAUCCAGAUGGCCACGUCGAAAGGCGGCUUUGGUUCGCCCGUCAUGCAAUCGCGGCGACCACCCACUCGAAGAGAGACUACUAAUUGGGCUUCCCCUACGCCUUCAGAUGUCACGUCCAAGAGGCCGCCGGCGCCUCGACACCGGCAUCCAUCCCAGCAUCAGUAUCAGCAGCCUGAACAACACCACCAUCAGCAGCACCAGCAGCAGUUCCAGCUUGACAUGGCAAUGGGCGACAGCUUAUCCUCACCCAGCCUCUCAACCGGUGGAGAUAUGGCCACGCCACCAGUGACAAUGGCUCACUCACACAGCCUUGGCCGACCAAGCCCCUCGCGGCGAACAGGCAGCUACGACGACGGAAGCUCCGUGGUCGACCAAUCAAUGAUUGCCUCGCCUGCUGUGCCUCGCCAGGCCACGCCCAGCAGCACCAGCGGCGGGAACCCGUUCCUGACUCCACAACCCCAGCAGCAGCAACAGUUUGGGAUGCACGAGUACCCGGAUGCACAAACAAUGGACUUUUUGCAGACACUGGGCACUGGGUCCAAUGGCGGUGGCUUUGGAGGCGGCAUGGACCAAGGCCAGAUGGACUUUGGCUUUGGCCUGAACUGGGAGGGCAUGCACAAUGACUACGCAGAGGCAUCGUCGUCGGCGAUGAAUCCCUUUGAUUCGUUCUUCUUUGGCGGGCCUCAGGGAGGGAAUGCCGCAUUUGGUGGAUCGAAUGGCUCUGGCGGACAGAAU